UUAAACUCAGUUUGUGUGUGUGAUACGCGGUGAUACGUGGUGAAACGCCAUAUCUCAUUUCCGAAAAAUAUCCAAAAUCAUCCAGGAUGGGCGACAGGGAGGAUAACGUUUAUCGUGCGAAACUUGCUGAACAAGCAGAGCGGUACGAUGAAAUGGUGGAGGCGAUGAAGAAGGUGGCUUCGCUGGACGUAGAGCUCACCGUCGAGGAGAGGAAUUUAUUAUCAGUGGCGUACAAAAAUGUAAUCGGCGCGAGAAGGGCAUCAUGGCGGAUAAUUUCAAGUAUUGAACAGAAAGAGGAGAACAAAGGGGCGGAGGAAAAGUUGGAGAUGAUUCGACAGUACCGAUCCCAGGUGGAGAAGGAACUCAGAGACAUUUGUGCUGACAUCCUCGGAGUUUUGGAAAAGCACCUAAUCCCCUGCGCGUCAACGGGCGAAUCUAAAGUUUUCUAUUACAAAAUGAAGGGAGACUACCACCGUUAUCUGGCAGAGUUUGCGAUUGGCAACGAUAGGAAAGACGCUGCGGAGAAUUCCCUUGUAGCUUACAAAGCAGCAAGUGACAUUGCAAUGACGGACCUUCCUCCGACUCAUCCAAUUCGUCUAGGACUAGCGCUCAAUUUCUCAGUGUUCUACUACGAAAUUUUGAACAGUCCCGACAGGGCGUGUCGCCUAGCAAAGGCUGCCUUUGACGAUGCGAUCGCCGAGCUAGACACCCUUUCCGAAGAGAGUUACAAGGAUUCCACCCUCAUCAUGCAAUUGCUCAGGGAUAAUCUUACCUUAUGGACCUCGGACAUGCAGGGAGAUGGUGAAGGUGAACAGAAAGAACAGUUGCAGGACGUGGAAGAUCAGGAUGUAUCGUAACUCUAGUUGCAGUGAGUGUUAUUUGCGCAUACAAAUGAAACACAAGAAAAAACUCUUAAUAACGUUUAAGCAAAAGAAAAGAAUUCAGCAGAUGGGAGGUCGGGGUGGGGAUGGGAAGGAGGAGGUCUUUAGUAAUUGCGUGUGACCCUAUGUACGCACGUACGGUUACUCCAAAAUCAUCCAAAAUCACAGAUGUUGAGUUGUGGAGCACGCAAACAAGAAAUAAAAUCAAGUAAUAAACGACACGCACCCUGCGAAAUAGUGAGAUUGCAAGCAUUUAGUGAUGAGGCGAAUGCCGAUUUACGCAUCGGAGAAUUUGCAUCGCGUAUGUCCGAAUUAAAAUUCCUGAAUGGCUGCAUUUCUUAUUUAUAUACAUAUAUAAAUAUAUAUAUGAGGUAUAGUCCUCGGAUAAUUCUCGUCUUUUCCAAGCUGAAUCAGUGGGAGUUAUCCAACGUUAUAUACGGCAGCAUCGACUCUAUGUUUUUUUUUUUAAAGGGUUAAUAAUUUCCCUCUUACGUAUUUUUAGAAUCUUGAUGAGCUAUUAAAAUUAGUACAAGUAUUUUUCCUGCGGAUAAACUAACAUGUUCGACAUCAAUUCACAUUAUUCUUCUUUUUUUUUUUAUAAUGUGCAUAGAUCGUCUGUACUUUAUCAUCAGUAUUUCCUAAGGCGCGAUUAAAAUGAAGAAGAAAACAAAAAGUAACGUAUCACACCUACUAUCGACUUCCCGAGUUCGUGUUAAUUUCUUUCUUUCUUUUUUUUUCUUUCAUUGUUCCACUGUUUUUCCGAGAGGUUGGAUCAACGGUCGAUUCGCAAAAGAACGUCGUCACCGUUUUUCUUUCCUAUACAGAGAAUUUUUGUUACCUAAUUUCAGGUUAUUGUAUUUUGCUUUCGCGUCCAUGUUUUUUUCAUCAGAUUUGGAGUAACAUUUUACCGGUCUUUGGCCACUGACAGAAGUUUGCACAAGAUCAAGAGACGGGGACGAGAAGAAGAAGAAUUGACUGGGACUGACUUUCGAUAGUCGUGUUUUUUUUAAAGCAUUUUUCGUGGAAGGCAGUACAGUAAUCUGAAAUGAAUCGAAGCUCAGGAAGGAAUAUACGAAAUAGCUUGGUAAGCUUUCCGUGCUGCUUCAAUGGCGGGGGAGUGUUGUUGUUGUUGUAACACGUUCGAAUCGGUUUAAAUUGCCAGAAAACAACCUUUUGUCGUUGAGACUAAACUUCUGUAGAAUUGUAUUGAUACCAAAACCUAGCGUGUUAGUCGACCUGUAAUGAGAAUGUACGUUUGCAUACGUCCUUUAUGUAAACUGUAUCGGUAGCUGUGGUACGAGAAAUGACAGAAUAAAUGGCUCUCUGUACUCUGGUUUGUUCUCUCUUCUUCUACAUUAUUUUUACCGACUAAGAUCCGCCUGCGAAUAAUUUUCCUUACCAGCAUUUUUUUCACCAACGAGUAUUUUCCGUCAAGACAAUACUGUAGUCUCUUUUUCUACGAAGUCUAUCAACUUUUUUAUAUUUUUUUUAUCGCGAAUUAACGCUAAACGUGGAACAUUCGGUUCGCGUUGGAAGUACGGAAUUGACAAUUUAUCUGACAUAUUUAGACACUCGAUGUUAUUCGUUUUCAACUUGGGAUUUUAACUUGGCGUACGCGAGCAAUCAGCAAGAGUCGCCUCUUGUGCAAGCUCGACUUGGCAAUUAAAAAUAAUGAGGUUUUAUUGAUUGAAAAGAGUUUGAAAUGAAAAGGAGAGGUCGCGAGAUGUGCGUCGCUGAUUUGACUGGGUGAAGGCACAUCAAAAUCCAUCAAGUGCGUAGCUUUUCUUUUGAUUUUGGAAAGUUAAGGUCCAUUAGAUUGAAAGAAAAAAAUACGCACCUAAUGGAUUUUGAUGUAUUUUUGUCCAGUCGAAUCAGCGACGCAUAUCUAGCGACUUUUCCUUUUGAAUAAAAUAAAUUAGAACUCCGAUAGUAGUUCUAUUUUUCAAUUAUGAAAAUUCUGUCUCGCGCUGAUUUUGAACUCGGAACGUGAUUUUUGUUCGCGAAUCUGAUAAUUCAGUGCAUGAUUUUGAUAGAAUGAAGCGUGCGAAGAGGCGAAUCGAGAAAAAUGCAAUUCACGUUGAAAUUGGUGUGUCGCGUGCCCCUGCAUUUAAGUAUUAUAUCAGUAAUAUCGAUAAUUACAUAAAGAAAAUAUAUUACAAAGAAUAACAGUAAAGUAAUAUUGAUAAUAUUACGCGUAAGAAUAUUAAUAAUUUUAAUUGCGUAAGGAGUCGAGCGAGAUUAAUUAAGGUAAUCUUUUGCAAUAGGAAAAAACAAAAAAAAACAAUCAUUGUACAAUUACACAAAAGAAAAAAGAAAAAAAAA